AUGCGAGAGCAUAAGUUGUUCGCGAACCACAAGAAGUGUAUAUUCGCAGCGGACAAAAUACCACUUCUUGGCUGCAUCGUGGGUAAAAACGGUGUACGCCCUGAUCGGAUUAAGGAGAUUAGCGACUGGUCUGUGCCAGUCGACGUCAAGGGACUUCGAAAGUUCCUUGGCUUGGCGGCGUACUUGCACAAGUACUCGCGCAACUACGCCGAGAUGACUGUGCAUCUCCUUCGUCUGCUUAAGAAAAACGUGAGGUGUUCAUGGAGUGCCGAGUGUCAGUAA